AUGGCUCAGUUACUGAGGGAGUUUGAUGAGUACCAACUUAACAUCCUGGGAAUCAGUGAAAUGAGAUGGACCGGGAGCGGCAAGUUGUGUAGUGAGGGAAAGACAGUUCUCUACUCUGGACAUGAAGACCAGCAUCGUCGUGGAGUUGGCUUGAUCUUGGACAAGGAAGCCUCCAGAGCACUUACUGGGUGGAAGCCAGUUAACGAUCGCAUCAUCAUAGCACGUUUCCAGUCAAGACAUGGAAAAACAACCAUCGUUCAGGUGUAUGCACCAACUGAUGAUGCAGAGGACAGUGUUAAGGACCAGUUCUACGAACUGCUUCAAGACACCUUUGAUAGUAUCCCCAACCAUGAUGUAAAAAUACUAAUGGGUGACUUCAAUGCUCAAAUUGAUAGCAGUAGACAAGGUUUUGAGGGUGUAAUUGGACCGUUUGGGUUGGCACUAAAGACUAGUGACAAUGGAGAGUGUCUUCUGUUCUUCUGUGACUUGAAUAGCCUUAGUAUUAGUAACACCUUCUUCCAACACAAGUUGAUACAUAAGAAAACUUGGAGAUCACCAGAUGGGACAAUUAACAAUGAAAUUGACUACAUCUGCAUCAGUCAACGUUGGAAGUCUGCACUUCUCGAUGUUAGAGUGUACAGGGGCGCAGAUGUGAGUUCAGACCACCAUCUUAUGGGAGCAAAGCUGCGGCUACGACUGAAGAAACUAACAGUAAAGAAGAAACAAAAGCCUUUCGCAACGGAUAAACUUAAAGACCCCACUACCAGUGAAAAAUACCGGUUAAAGCUACAGAACAGAUUCCAGCUGUUGCAAGAGAUGGUGCAAGAGAUGGGGCCAGACCUGGAAGAUCAGUGGUCAUUCUUCAGGGAAACCCUCACACAAAGUGCAGAAGAAACCAUAGGGAGGAGACGUGGCUCACGAAAAGAACAGUGGAUUAAGGAACAUACCUGGAAGCUGAUUGAUGAAAGGAAGAAGAUGAAGGGAGAAAGAGACAGAGCUAGGUCUGAAGAAAAGAAGGAAGAAACAAAGCACCUGUACCGUGACCUUGACUGA